UUGGAGGCGCUGCCUCUUUGGCAACUUGCGAUAAGUUUACAGUUCACUGAAGUUUGCUUGCAAACCGCGAAAAUGGCCAAGGCAGAGAGCAAUUACCCAAACGCCAGAUGGUCUCUCCACGGCGGGGCUGCCCUCGUCACCGGCGGAACUCGUGGAAUUGGGUACGCUUUGGUGGAGGAGCUAGCUGGGUUCGGCGCGGCGGUGCACACCUGUUCUCGAAACGAAGCAGAACUCUCCAAGUGCUUAGAGCAAUGGAAGGCUAAGGGCUUUUCAGUCACUGGGUCAAUCUGCGAUGUUUCUUCCAAAACCGAGAGAGAAAAGCUCAUCGAGCAAGUCGCUUCCACUUUCAAUGGCAAGCUCAACAUACUUGUAAACAAUGUUGGGACUAACAUCAGGAAGCCAACAACUGAGUACACUUCUGAAGAAUAUUCAUCACUCAUGGCUACCAACUUAGAAUCUACAUACCAUCUUUCCCAACUUGCACAUCCUCUUUUGAAAGCAUCUGGGCGAGGAAGCAUUGUGUUUGUAUCCUCUGUUGCCGGGCUGGCCAGUAUAGCUUCCGGGUCCAUUUAUGGAGCAAGUAAAGCUGCAAUCAAUCAGCUUACGAAAAAUCUGGCUUGUGAGUGGGCGAAAGACAAUAUCAGGAGCAAUGCUGUCUGCCCUUGGUACACUAGAACCUCACUUGUGGAACAUUUGCUGGAUAACAAGGAGUUUUUGGAAGAGAUAACGGCGCGAACUCCGCUUGAGCGCGUUGCAGAGCCGGAGGAGGUGUCAUCUCUGGUGGCGUUCCUUUGCCUGCCCGCCGCAUCGUACAUCACCGGGCAGAUUAUUUCUGUUGAUGGAGGAAUGACUGUAAACAGUUUCAACCCUACUAGGCGGCCAUUUUGAUCCUCUUGUCUCUCACAUUCUUACCAUGCUUCCCUUGGUUUUGCACAUUUUUUUUAUGAACGGAUUUGUGCUACUCACUCGUACUGUUGCACUGGAAUCCCUGGGAAAAACAAUUUAUAAUUAUGGACAAACAUUGGAAUAAAAUUGGUGCAAUUUCGAGGAAACGCUUUAAAAUAA